CCUUCCUCUGGGAGGGUGUGAGGUUUGGGGUUUGGUUAGGGGAGGGCUCGUGGUGCGCGCGCGGGCUCCUGUCUGGGCACGCGCACGCUCUGCUCUGGGCUUGUGAGUGUCUGUCUGUCUGUGUGUGUGCAUGUGUGUGUGUGUGUGCAUGCAUGUGUGAGUGUGCACUCUGUGUGUUGGUGCACGCGCCCGCGCGCAGGAAGCUCGAGACUGGAGCUUGGAACCUGCUCCCUCUGGGCUGUCCCCGGCCCGGGAACCCCGGUCCUGUCAGGUCCCCGGCCCUGACACCCGGCCCACCAGCCAGAGGAAGAGGAAGAGAAAGAGGAGAUGCCGGGGCCCGCUAACCUUUCCUAGUGCCUUCAAAAGAUUCUCCAAUGACAUGCUCUCAAGUGCCCUUCUCAUCCUGGUCACUAACUUUGGAAACACUCCAGUGUGUCAGGGUACUGCUGAAAAUCCAGCCCGCCCGUGGCUGAGUAGGUGCCCAAGCCGCGGGGCCUGCGGGAGCUAUGGGAAUGAGUCGGGGCAGGCUCUGGGCGACCAGCCGCUGCCUCCUGCGCCCGCCCGCCCCCGCUGGACGUGGGCAGCCCCCGGCCUCGGUCAGCGCUCCACGGACAGCAAGGCCCGCGGCUCAGCUAGUGACGGCCGGCCCCUAAGGGGUCUCCUGCUCCGGCCUCCGGCCCCCGCCCCAGGCCAGCGAUGUUCGCAGGGGAGUGAGCGGGCUGCUGAGUGACUCCAUGGGUCGGGCCCGGGGCGCCCACUGAGCCCGGGCCGCCCCUAUCCCAGCCCAGCCCUCCGCCCGCCGCCGCCAAGAUGGUGAUGUCCCAGGGCACCUACACCUUCCUCACCUGCUUCGCCGGCUUCUGGCUCAUCUGGGGCCUCGUGGUCCUGCUCUGCUGCUUCUGUAGCUUCCUCCGCCGCCGCCUCAAGCGGCGCCACGAGGAGCGGCUGCGGGAGCAGAACCUGCGCGCCCUGGAGCUGGAGCCCCUGGAGCCCCUGGAGCCCCUGGAGCUGGAGGGCAGCCUGGCCGGGAGCCCCCCCGGACUGGGGCUGGGGCUGGCCCCAGGACUGGCCCCGCAGGCCCGAGUCCGCCUGGAGGCCCCCGGCCACACCCACGCCCUGCACCACUCGGCCCCGCCACAGCACCAACCCCACCCGGCCCAUCAUCACCCGCACCCGCCCCACUCGCAUCCGCACCCUCAUCCGCACCCGCCUCACGUCCUGGUGCCGCCCCGGCCCUGGAGCUACCCGCGCCAAGCCGAAUCGGACCUCUCCAAGCCCCCGUGCUACGAGGAGGCGGUGCUGAUGGCCGAGCCGCCGCCGCCCUACAGCGAGGUGCUCACCGACACGCGCGGCCUCUACCGCAAGAUCGUGACACCCUUCCUGAGCCGCGACAGCUCCGAGAAGCAGGAGCAGCCGCCCAACUACAAGCCGCUCUUCCUGGACCGGGGCUACUCGUCGGCGCUGCACCUGCCCAGCGCCCCGCGGCCUGGCCCGCCCUGCCCCGCCCUCUACCUGCAGGCCGAGCGCUCCCGCCGUGUCUUCCCCAGCUGGACCGACUCGGAGCUGAGCAACCGCGACCCCCUGGAGCACGGAGCCUGGCGCCUGCCCGUCUCCAUCCCCUUGUUCGGGAGGACUACAGCCGUAUAGAGGGGGUGGCCCGAGCCCCUGCCCCCUGGCCCCACCCCGGGGGCUAAGCGCCCGGACCGGAGCCAGCGCUGCCCCGCUCCCUGCCCUGUCCCGCGCCUUCCUCCCUUUCUCCCUCCCCGAGGGCAGGCCGUUCAGACUCCUUUCUCAGGCCUCGGGGGUUUUUAAAACGCUUCCCUGGGACUCGGGGCUAUUUCUUACCCUGUUUGUUACAUUUUGAGGAUAAUAAAGGUGUGAUCGGCUUUGGUACAACGGGAGGGAGAGCCUGCUGCUUGCACCUCGGGGUGGGGAUAAGGAGGAAAAAGCCCCUCACCCCUGCAAGGCGUCCCUCCCAGCAUGUUUGACCCCUUGAUCUGCAGCCUAUUUUCUGCCAGCUCCACCUCCCAAUUCAGGAGACCUCUCCGGAGGCUAGAGUGUAGUGGAGACCUGUCUCUGAAAUCCCAACACCUGGGUUCUGCCACUUGCUACCUGUGGGACCUGGGAGAAGUCUCUUCCCCUCUCGGGGGGCUCAGCUUUCUCUUCUGUAAGAUGGGGGGGGGCUGGUCUAGAUCACAGAAAUGAGAGCUGGAAAGGCUGCUAGAAUUAGUCUAAUGUUUUAAUCCGUUUUAAAUCUGUGAAAUAUUUUGUCUUUCCCUAUUUAGGAAAACUGAGGACCAGUUUAGAUAAGUGGCUGCCCAAGGUCACAUAGCUAGUGAGUAAAGGAGUCAGGAUUGGAACCCCUCCGCCUGUGAUUCCAAUUCUAGGCCUCUUUGCAAUACACCACACUGGCUCAUUGCCUCUGAGCACCAAGGAAUAAAAUGCAGGAAACCUGAAGUGUGGACCCAGUCCUAGUAAGCAGGCUUUUCCCUGGAGGUACAUAUGUUUGGGCAGGAUUCUCUCUCAGACGCUUUCUUAAGUUUUCUACCUCUAAAUCCUACAAGAAAAACAUCAGUCCUGCGGUGAUGGAUCCACCAAACUUAAGGACUGGCAGGGGUCAAGUGCAGCCUUAUUUUAGAAAUGGGGAAUCAACUUCUCCACAGUCACACAACUAAUAAUCUCAGACACACCUUCAGAGCCACAUGGUGUAGCAGAUAAGACUGCUAGAGUCAGAAGAUGAUUUAAGGCCAAGCUUUUCUCCAUCCGAGUGACCUUAAACAAGUGAUCCUCUUUAUGCCUCAGUUUCCUCCUAUGUAAAAUGAUAGACUAGAGUUUGUCUCAUUCUAAACCCUAUGAUUCUGCUAUUCCAGUGUCUAGCUUCAAUCAAUAAUCAUCCAAGGGCCCCAAGAGCCGAUGCACAGUUCCUUCCAAUCUCUGGAGAGGGUAGGACUGGUUUGGGAACAGUCCACUUCAAGUCAGGGCUAAAGGACAAAGAGGAAAGUCCAGCAUCCAAUCACCUUACACUACUUCAUUUGAUCCACAGACUUUGAACCAGCGACCCCUGCCUUUUUCUUUUCCCAGCUCAGGCAAAAGGGCCCUUAGUUUGAGGUUACUAUGGAAAAAACUACCUUGGUAGAAAGAACACAGGAUUGGGGGGGGGCGGCGGGGCCCGGCAGUUUUCACUUCUGCUACUUACAGCCUAUGUGCCCUUGUGUAAGUCAUUUGACAUCUUUAACACCUCUGAGUUUGCUCACUGCCAAAUGAGGAAUUUAGACUCCAUAGCCUCUGAAGUUCACUACCUUAUGUCCUUCCCACUUCUAUAUAGGAUGAGCUGAUGUUAUAAGGGCUAGUGCAAACGACGGGGGAGGGGCUUUAGUUCCUUCUGAGUGGUAUAAAUCACCUUGUCUCCAGACUCUCCUUUUAGUCACAGUUUUUGUCCCCUGCCUUGCUGAGGUUGCCCCCACCCCCCAACCAGUUAUCCCUGCUGGGAAUCCAAAGAUAUGGGAAUGG